CUCCACAAAAAGCAAAUAAAAAAAGAAUAAAAAUCCUUUAAUUCCUUUUUUUUUUUUCUCUCUCUCUCUCUCUCUUCUCUCAUGCACACAAAACAGGAGCCUUUUAAAAACAUGGAUUUUUCAAGGAGAAUAAUGUCACUGCCUCCUGAUAGCUAUGUGCCCUCUUAAUGGUUUCUGCAGAAGGUGCCGUUUGACUUUGAAGCCAAAGGAAAAAGAAAGGGUCGGUUAAUCAGGUCUUGGUUUUGGUUUGGCUUGGUGGUGGUGGUGGUGAUUAAUGUUUUGAUGGUUUUCGUUGAUGGGAUUUUGGUUAUUAUGGAAAUGAGAUUGAACUCUAUUAUGGUCCCUUUCUUGAUGUGUCUUCAUGGAUUUGAAUGGUUUCUCGAUUGUAGUAGACCCAAAGUUUGAAUCUUUAUAGCUCACUUGUUGAUGGGUUGGGAGAGAUUUGAAUUCUUGGGUCCUGCAAGUACUUUCUUGUUUUCAGGUCUCUUUCUUUCUUAUUCAUCUGAAGAAGAAGGAACACCAAACUUUAUAGAGGCUGAGAGGCUGACGAGUUUUGUUAUUGUUAGAAAUUUGUUUUAGGGUUUCAAGUAUUAAAUUGGUGGGAAUAAGGAAGAGAGAAUGGAGGAAGAGAAUAGUUCUUGGAUAAGGAGGACAAAGUUUUCACACACAGUUUGUCAUCGAUUAGAUUCUUCAAGAUUGGCGUCUUUGGCUUUAGCUGUUCAGGAAGAGAGGAAUUCAGGCUUGAAAUCAAGGCCUGGCACGUCUUCUCCUAAUCGGAAAUCUCUUUACUUUUCCAAUCAGAGAUCUGCUUCCUUUCCAAAUAAGAAGUCCUCAUCCUCCGUUACUAGUAAUUCUCAGAUUCAGCGAAAUCCUGUGACCAACAAGCUGAGAUCUUUAUCUCCUCUCCCUCAAACAGCGCUUUCUGAUACUUUUAAGGAAGCAAGAUCUGAUAGGAAGAGAUUCUCAACUCCUCAUCCUCGCAGCAAAGAUCAAGACAAGGGAUUUGCCAAGCCAUCCAAACAUGCAUCUAACACAAGCCCACUUCGGCAGUUAGCUUCAUUGAAGGGUCAUGAAAAAUUAAAGUCUAAGAAGGACUCUGCUUGGACAAAGUAUUUUGACCAUGCUGGCGGAAGGGUUAAUGCUGUAGAAGCAGCUGAUGAAUUUAGUGUUGAUAUGUCUAAGCUGUUUCUUGGUCUUAGAUUUGCUCAUGGGGCACAUAGCAGGCUUUAUCAUGGCGUAUACAAGGACGAACCUGUUGCUGUUAAAAUUAUUCGGGCCCCAGAUGAUGACGACAAUGGAACCUUAUCAAUUAGAUUAAAGAAUCAAUAUGACAGGGAAGUAACUCUUUUAUCUCGGCUUCACCAUCCAAAUGUUAUAAAGUUUGUAGCAGCAUGCAAAAUGCCACCGGUGUAUUGUGUUAUAACAGAAUAUUUAUCUGAAGGUUCCUUGAGGGCAUACUUGCACAAGCUCGAGCAUAAGUCUCUCCCCUUGGAGAAACUAAUUGCAAUUGCGCUGGACAUUGCUCGUGGAAUGGAAUACAUUCACUCUCAAAGUAUCAUCCAUAGAGAUCUUAAACCCGAAAACGUACUUAUUGAUCAAGAGUUUCGUAUGAAGAUUGCUGAUUUUGGUAUAGCUUGUGAGGAGGCUUACUGCGAUUCAUUAGCUGAUGAUCCAGGGACUUACAGAUGGAUGGCGCCAGAGAUGAUAAAAAAGAAAUCUUACGGGAAAAGGGUAGAUGUCUACAGUUUUGGGCUAAUUUUAUGGGAAUUGGUGGCUGGAACAAUCCCGUAUGAGGAUAUGAACCCCAUACAAGCUGCUUUUGCAGUAGUGAAUAAGAAUUUGAGACCUGUUAUCCCACGGGACUGUCAUCCAGCCAUGAGAGCAUUAAUCGAGCAAUGCUGGUCCUUGCAACCAGAUAAGAGGCCUGAGUUUUGGCAAAUCGUGAAGGUAUUAGAGCAAUUUGGAUCUUCACUUGCUCGUGAUGGGACUCUGAAUUUGGUACAAAAUCCAACUUGCCAAGAUCAUAAGAAAGGUCUUCUUCAUUGGAUUCAAAAGCUUGGUCCCAUGCAUCCAAGUAGCUCCCCUAUGCCUAAACCUAAAUUCACAUGAAUCUCUCUUAUAGCCUGGCUUUUGUAGUGCACCAGGUUAUUUGUAAUUAAAAGGUUUGUUUUCUAAGCCUCUUGUUUGUAAUCCUCUUCUAUGUCACAUUCAUGUGAGAGUGAAUUAAUGGAUUGGUAGCAUCCACUGAGGUGAAAGUUUUUUUCUUCACAGAUAUACAUACACACAACAGUCAUCACAUUUUAGGGUGUUCUGAACAUUGUAAGCAAUUAUGGAGAUGACAGAAAUAGUGUUUUUCUAUGAGGUGUGGGGUGGGUCUGCUUUGGGUGGAUUCUCUAAGAUGAACUUGUUUAUACUUGCCUUUUCUUUAAUCAUCUUUUUGUAUUUUUGGGUUUA